AUGGGCAACAUAUUCAGUCCAUCCCAACCACAAACAAGCUUAUCGGCAUCUAGUCCUAAGUCUUCAGUUAGCCCCGGGGACGAUAAGGACACCAGCGCACCAAACAAGGGGGAGGCGGGGCCAGAGGACGCCGAGAGCCAACAAGAAGUGCACCCAAGUCAACAGAAUGAUGCCACACCACCACGUCCUGCCACCAGAUCUAUACCAAAACCUCGUCAUAGCGGUCGGAAGAGGCACAAACCCACUUAUCUGCUCAUUAGCCAACGAGAACUAGCUAGCAAGAAAUAUGCCGAAGAAUCGUCGAACCAAGCUGAUCGAAAUUUCGUCAAGGACGACGACUUUAAGGCUCGAAGAGAUGAAGAACACCAAGGACAUGAGAUCUUUCACGACUUUUUGAAGCCUUCUGGAUGGAGGCACACAAAAACCGCAAGUUUGAAAUCAGGGUUUGUCUUCCUAGCUCAAGGGAGCUCGGCCGAAACGGCUGAAGAAGGAGAAACCAAAUUCUAUAGCUACCAGGAUAUCUGCCGGAAAUGGAAGUCAGACAAAGCGUUCAGAGAGAUGUAUGAAGAUGCCGGUUCCGAAGACGAAGCGGAUACUACCCAGACAUCUUCGAAUCGCGACAGAUUGGGGAAGCCAACCCCUAAAGAAGUCCCUAUUGCUGCUGGAACGCCGACUAAGAUUACGGAAGAAAGGAGGACUGCAGAAGAAACGCGUGGUGUAACCCCAAAAAGAAAAGUGAGGUCCAAACGGGGCUACUCCCCGUCUCCUACGAAACGCCCAAGGACGACACGAUCUGCUUCCAAAACAACAAGAUCUUCCUCUAGAUAUUGA